UGCAUCGGGUUCGCGGUCGAGCUCACUCCCGUUCUGUGAAUUUGUGCCGCACACGAUCAGAAGUACCCAGUUUUGAUCAGCAGGGAGUGACCUUGGUCUGGUUUUUGAUCGUGGUGGUGCUCACGGCGGACACGUUUGUAUGAGUUGAAUGCUAUCAUGUUGAUUCUUCAACCAUCUGGUACUCUAUAAAGGUGAAGCAAGGAUCUACUGAACAUGAGUGAUGACAAACCUUUUGUUUGUACUGCUCCUGGUUGUGGUCAGCGCUUCACAAAUGAGGAUCACUUGGCUGUUCACAAGCACAAACAUGAGAUGACAUUAAAGUUUGGUCCAGCACGUAAUGACAGUGUCAUAGUGGCUGACCAAACUCCAACUCCAACUCGUUUUCUAAAGAAUUGUGAAGAGGUCGGGUUAUUUAAUGAACUAGCAAGUCCGUUUGAAAAUGAAUUUAAGAAGGCUUCAGAAGAUGACAUCAAAAAGAUACCAUUAGACAUGUCACCACUUGCAUUACCAGCAGUUAGGACUAAAGUAGAAGAAACACCAACUGUGGAAAGCAGCCAUCAAAACAGUCCCCUGCCUCACCCAGAGUCAACUACCAGCGAUGAAAAGGAUGUCCCAUUACAACAGACAACACAAACUGUAUCAACAAUUCGUCCAGCAUCAUUGCAAGUCCCCAAUGUGCUCCUUGCAAAUUCAGAAACUGGUGCUGUCAUACAACAAGCUUUGCCCUCUCCAACCUCUACUUCUGUCAUCACACAGACUCCACCAACAAACAGAAACAUAGUACCAGUAUCUGGUUCAGUUCCUCUCUUAUUACAGCUACCUAAUGGACAGACGAUGCCUGUCACCAUUCCUGCAUCAAUCACAAAUCCCGUCCGUAUUCAUACAACAGUUCCCAUUAUCAGGCCUGUCACCAUGGUGCCUAAUAUUCCUGGUAUUCCAGGUCCUCCAGUCAACAACAUUGAACCUCCUUCACCACAACCUCUACAGUCAGAAGCCAAACUGCGACUGAAGGCAGCUUUAACGCAACAGCUUCCUCAGGUUACUAAUGGUAACAAUGCCAUUGGCCAAACAAGUGGAACUGUGAGGAUCCAGACAAAGGAAACUCAUUCACAGUCACUUCAGCAGGCUGCAACGUCUACUACUCAACCAGUGGGCUCCCCAGUCCAGCCUACACAUCAGAUUCAGAGCAGUGGUGGUAGAAGGCGGCGAGCAAUGAAUGAAGACCCAGACGAGAAGAGGCGGAAAUUUUUAGAGCGUAACCGAGCAGCUGCUUCAAGGUGCAGACAGAAGAGAAAGGUGUGGGUUCAAUCUCUUGAAAAGAAGGCAGAGGAUCUCAGUUCAACAAACAUACAACUACAGAAUGAAGUCACCCUGCUGAGAAAUGAAGUGGCUCAGCUGAAGCAGCUACUUCUGGCUCAUAAAGAUUGCCCUGUAACAGCCAUGCAGAAGAAAUCUGGCUAUCACAAUGCAGAAAAGGAUGAGAGUUCUAUAGACAGCCCACUACCCAGCAGCCCACAAACCCAAGUCAUCCAGCAUAGUUCCAUCAGCACUUCAAAUGGCAUAAGUUCAACAGCAAUGGCAGAGGCUGUUGCUACUUCAGUCCUUACCCAGAUGGCAGACCAGAGUUCGGAGAUGAACCUACCCGUCCAGUCCCAUGUGGCAAUUGCUCCUUCAUCUCAGUCUCAGCCUUCAGGAAGUUGAUUGCAUAACAAGUACACUACAGAAGUCCACAGAUGUUGUCUCAACAGUGACUGUAAAAUGGGAAUUUGAGAACUGGGAGGACCAAAUCUCCAAAACAAUGCUAUACUUCAAGUUUAGUUGCUUUUAUUAGUUGUACUUCAGAAGUGGCUACAGCAGUAUAAGCAAGCACUUAACUUCAACCUUGAAAACAAAUGUUUAGACAUUAUUCUCUGGUCUACGAAUGCAUUUGGUGUUUCUUUGUUUUCUAUAACUGAAAGAUCAUUUAAGUGUUUUUUUCAGUCUGACUUUAUGGCUAUGGAGGAGGCAGUGAAAGAGUUGGUGAGCAGUGAAAUGACUUUGAAAGGUCACUGUCCUGAGGCUGUGAAAAAAUUCUGAGUUUUUAUUCAUUAUAUAGCACCAUGUAGACUCACUUGAUCUAUACUACUGCUUUCAUGAGUCCAUGAAAAACUGCCUCCAAACUGCAGUAGGUUCUCUUAACAUUGGAACAAGUUAAAUUUCCAGUCUAUCAUUGCAAACAGAUGUUUUUACCACAAAAUAAAAUUCUCACUUAAUCUGACAAAGCUUAAUACCAUAUAAAUUCUUAUACCUGAGCAAGCCCUUAAAGAAAUGUUAUUUGCAGAACUAACAACACAUUCUCUGCCUUUUCUAAUUUGCACAUUGUGAGGGAAUGAAAGGAUGUUCAUUUUUGUUAGUAGUUUUGUUUUAUGUCACUCUUGAAAGGAUGUAGCCAGUGCAUUUAGUAAAUUUUAUUUUAACCUUUUGCCUGAAAAACUCAGCAACUAUGUUGCAUAUCAUGUUAAUGACGAUGAUGCAGAUAUCAGUGGUCUAUAAUUUAGACCGAUAGUUCUGUGAAUGUUGCCUUUAAAUGUCAUAAUGACUUUUGGUGGAAUCCUAUUUAAAAUGAUUGUGUAUACAAAUAAUGAAUAUUGAUGAUUAACAUUCCUUGUGCAAUUUGAUUGUUACUGAUGAGAUUGAUUGUAUGUUAUCUUUCUUCUCAUCAAAACUUCUGUGAAAUAGUUGAUUUUAAAUGUGCCAUGAAUACUGUAGUGACUUCUUGGUCAUACUCAGAUAAAUAGUUUCAAACAGGAGAAGCAAAAAAAAAAAAUGACGAGAAUCUGAUGCUUUGACAUUGACAACACAUAUAAAAGAAUAGAUAAAGUGAUAGAAUAAUGUAUUCAGACAAAGGAACAUUACUAGUUCAAUGGUGUCUCCAUAUGUGCAAAUUAUGGUGCAACAAGGAGCCAUGGGUGGCAAAAUUAACAGGACCUGGAUUGUAACUCUUCCAGUGCAUCCUUAUAAUUCUUCUAGUUUAUAAUUGUGUAAGUUACCAGGUUAGAAAGUAGGAUCUGAGGCAGGUUGUUUGAUAGAAUUGCUUGGGACCUUAAAGGGAAACUUCUCAACAUAUAGUGAUAGACUAAUACUGUGUGAUGGAUAACAGUUACACUAUUCUACAGAAUCCAUGUCAUAAACUUGUUUUACAGACUGUAUCUGUAGACAGAACUUGUGUCUUUAUCUUCCUGGUUGCAAGCUUCCAUUUCUACAGAGGUAGCUUGAGGUGUACUCUUCCUCUUUGUGCAAUUUGCAUGAGUAAGUUCUCUGAGAGAAUAAAUAAUUUAUCUACAAGAACAUGUCAAUAAACUGUUUUUAAGUGCAUAAAAAGAAUAACACUUAUUUCAGAAUGCCAUGUAUAUUUCUAAGUGGUUGUUGAAAAUAUUGGGAGUAUGUCCUUUUGUGCUGCCAUCUGCCAAAAAAUGUUUGUACAGCAGAAUUUCACCCUCCAUCCUUUGAAAUUCAAGCUUCAAUACAUUGUCACAAGUUAAUGUUAUAAAAUAUUUCAGCAUUUUAAGCUACAUGGAUCCUCUUCAUGGCUUUUUAAUGUUAUAUGGUCAAUUUGAUUUCAAAAUAAAUAAAACCUUUUCCCAUUUUAAAAACUUCCAAUUUAAUUAAAAUACCUAUAAUAUUGAUAUUCUGAAUUCAGAAUCAAUGUAUACUAGUUGUUUAAAUGGUUGAUUGUAGUUUACAUUGUUUGAA